AACUCUAAUAUUGACUUCUUCAGUAUUGCUUUAAAUCUUUCCGAACAGAAAGAAUAUAAGAAGGGUGAAACAUCUGUGAAAUAUUAUCCUUCAUCUCUGAAGACAAUAACGAACAAAGAUGUUAUACAGAAAUUCUUACCAAAGGUUGAAGAAGCUUCUAUUGACAUUGACGAAGGAAGUGAAAUGGUUGAAGAAAUAGACCCUGAAGCUAUUUAA